AUGCACUCUCAAGAUAAAAAAAAACCCAAAAACCUCUCUAGCAAUACACACCAAACUGAGCAUGUGCAGAGCGACUCCACACGAUAUGUCUUAUCAGGAGAUAAGAGGGUGGCUCUGGAAGAAGGGGAGGAUCAGAGAAGACAGGAUCAAACAACAUUUUUACACAAUGCAGAGGAUUAUAACAAGCAUGCUUUACUGCAUAUACAGACGGAUUGUACUGUUGUGCUGUACAAUCAGAUUAUGGUUAUAACCCUCCCUUGUUCUAUCCAAAAUGAAAAAAAAAAAAGUUUUGCCUUUAGUUCUACUUUA